AUGGAAGAAGUAAAAGAAUUAAUGGAAAACAUGAAAUAUGGAGACUUCGAUAGCAUUGAAGAAGAAACCAUAACAGAAAUAGAACAAUUCUUCGAUGAAUCUUCAGAAGAACGCAAAAAGGAAAUAGCGAAAUUAUUUGAUAUAGAUAUAGAUGACGAUGAAAUUAUUGGCGUUAAAGAUGAAUACGCAUGGAGAUGGGCAUGUCACCACGGAAGCCUGAACUCACUUGAAAAACUGGUAGCGAUUGGUGUAGAUGUUUCUGUCCGGAACUAUCAAGGUUUCCGCGGGGCUUGUCGUGGUCAAUGUUAUGAUGUAGUGCAUUAUCUUCUUAAAUUGCAAGGAAAUUACCAACAUCAUCCUAUGAUGGAGCCGACUUUCUACGAAGAUCCUGAAUUAGCCAGAUACCUUAUCCGGGUAUUUAUAGAUACUUGGCGAAUCCCUAGUAAUAAUUCUAAUGUCGUGGCUAUCAAAGAUGCUUGUAUGGCAAAGGUUGACUGGGAGAGUAAGAUCUUCAAAUAUUGUGAAAAAUGGAAGCAAGAGUUACAAAAUGCAGAAAAAUACAAGGAGGCAGAAAUCAGACGGGCGAUAUCAGAUUUGUUACGUUUGCGAGGGGAAAGAAAGGUAUGCGGCGACUCCUUACUCCAAUCCGAAGGAAUUGUUACGAAAGAUGAUUUAUCCUAUAUAACUUUUAACGAAGCCGUAGACAAAUAUCUAUUAUCUGAUCGGUUUAAAGAAGUUUGGCAUCCGGGAUCGGACGGAAAGGUUUUAGAUAUUGUUCAUCCUUCAUUGGAUCCAAUUAUCCACGGAAAUGCUCCGAGUAAAGACUGGAAUAAUAUGCCCUCGAACCCUUCAAUAGAGGAUAAUCAAUUGAGAAGGUAUAUUGCUGGUGAAGCUGAAAGAAUUGACGAAUUUAUGGAACAACCCUAUGCGUAG